AUGCCAGCUGCCACCUGUCUGCUGUCUGAAGAGCACUUUCUGUGCUCCAUCUGCCUGGAUGUGUUCACCACUCCUGUCACCAUAAUGUGUGGACACAACUUCUGCAAAAACUGCAUCACUGAAAACUGGAGAAUCAAUAGAAAAAUACAGUGCCCCCUUUGUAAAAAGCUUUUUGACACAAGACAUGAGCUGCAUGUCAAUAUUUUCAUAUCUGACAUUGUUGCUCAGUUCAGACAGUCAGUGGUGAAGAAAGCCACGGAGGAAGCCAAACCAGGAGAGGUUCCCUGUGACAUCUGUACCGGGCUCAGACCGAAAGCCCUCAAGUCCUGUCUGGUCUGUCUGGCCUCUUACUGUGAGACACACCUGCAGCGACAUCAGACGGUGUCUGGACUGAAAAGACAUACGAUCAUUGAGCCUCUGGGUAACCUAGAAGACAGGGUGUGCACAACGCACAACAAACUCAUGGAGCUGUUCUGCAAGACUGACCAGAUGUGUGUGUGUCAGUUUUGUACUGAGUCAGAUCACAGGUUGCACGAUGUUGUUCCUCUAAAAGAAGAAUGCGAAGGAAAGAAGACUGAGCUGAGGAAGAUAGAAUUUCAGCAGAUGAUCCAGGACAGACAGCUGAAGAUACAGGAGCUCACACAGUCAGCAAAGCUCAACAAGGAAGCUGCAGACAAAGAGACAGCAGAGGGCGUGGAGGUGUUCACUGCUCUGACCCAGCUUGGAGAGACAGGCCUGACUGAGCUCAUGGAUCAGAUCAAAAGGAAGCACGAAACCACAGCAAAACAAAGUGAAGAUUUGAUCAGAGAACUGGAUCAGGAGAUCUCCGAGCUGAUGAAGACAAACGCUGAGGUGAAGCAGCUCUUACGCUCUGAUGAUCACUUCCACUUCCUCCAAAGCUUCUCCUCCCUGAACGCCUCUCUACCCACUAAGCACUGGACAACAGUCACCCUCCGACAGCCAUCGUAUGAGGGAACUGUGGCAAGAGCUGCGGCUCAACUUCGGGAGACACUCAACAAAGGGAUGAAGAAGCUGCUUGAAGCUGAGCUGAAGAGGGUGCGGCGGUAUGCGGUGGACGUGGCUCUUGAUCCUGACACAGCACACCCUAAACUCCUUCUGUCCGACGAUGGGAAACAAGUAAAUCACGGUGAUGUAGAGAAGAAUCUCCCAGACAAUCCAGAGAGAUUUUAAUAUUGUGUUAUUGUCUUAGCAAAGCAGAGUUUCUCUUCAGGAAGAUUCUACCACGAGGUCGAAGUUAAAGGGAAAACUAAGUGGGAUUUGGGAGUGGUCAGUGUGUCAGCCAAUAGGAAAGGAGAAAUCGUAUCGAGCCCGGAGGCUGGUUACUGGACUCUGCAGCUGAGGAAUGGAAAUGAGUAUGUAGCUCUCGCUGACCCUGAUGUCUUCCUCUCUUUGAAAUCGCGGCCUCAGAAGGUGGGAGUGUUUGUGGAUUACGAGGAGGGUCUGGUCUCCUUCUGUGACGUUGAUACUGCAGAUAUUAUCUACUCCUUCACUGCCUGCUCCUUCACUGAAAAACUCUACCCAUUCUUCAGUCCCUGUUUUAAUGAUGGUGGUGACAACUCUGCCCCUCUCAGGAUCUCUGAUGUCCAUAAAACUGACUGAAUCAGGCAUUUUUUUUGCAAAAAUGAUUUCUUGUCAUUUACACAUACCCUCAUCAACACCACUGAACAUGUGGAAUCAACGUGUUGAUUUUAAACUGGAUGUUAUUUAACACUAGAACCAUAUA